AUGUCGACGACUACAGGAACUGUUAAUUACAGAAAUGGCACUAAUAGAAGCUCUCUCCGAACUCAGUCCUCUGCUUCUACUUCCGGUGGACAGAAGUCGACCCUCAAAUCUAAGUCGGUGCUCCGGAAGAGCAGCCCCGCCUCACUCGGCGGCGGCUCUGCGGCAGCUUCUAAAUCCGGAAGCGGUGGCGACGCCGGUGUUCCUGGGAGGGUACGAGUAGCUGUUAGGUUAAGGCCACGCAAUGGCGAGGAACUGAUCGCUGAUGCAGAUUUUGCUGAUUGUGUUGAGCUUCAACCGGAGGUUAAGAGGUUGAAGCUCCGGAAAAACAACUGGGACACUGAUACAUUUGAGUUCGAUGAAGUGCUCACUGAGUAUGCUUCGCAGAAGCGAGUUUAUGAAGUUGUUGCAAAACCUGUUGUCGAGGGUGUUUUGGAUGGUUACAAUGGGACAAUAAUGGCCUAUGGUCAAACCGGAACUGGUAAGACGUAUACACUUGGGCAGCUCGGGGAAGAAGACGUAGCUGAUCGUGGAAUAAUGGUUCGUGCCAUGGAGGAUAUCUUAGCUGGAGUGUCGUUAGAGACGGAUUCUAUAUCUGUCUCCUAUUUGCAGCUUUAUAUGGAGACUGUGCAAGACCUUCUUGAUCCGGCUAAUGAUAACAUUGCUAUAGUUGAGGAUCCGAAAAGUGGAGAUGUGUCUCUUCCAGGUGCUACAUUGGUUGAGAUUAGGGAUCAGCAGAGCUUCUUGGAGCUACUGCAACUCGGAGAAGCGCACCGGUUUGCUGCUAAUACCAAGUUGAACACUGAGUCAUCUCGUAGUCAUGCGAUCUUAAUGGUGAAUGUGAGACGGUCUUUAAAAACAAGAGAUGGUUUGUCAAGUGAAAGUAGUAAUAAUGGAAGCUCCCAUAUGACUAAAUCUCUCAAGCCUCCUGUUGUCCGGAAGGGGAAACUAGUUGUGGUGGAUCUUGCUGGAUCAGAACGUAUCAAUAAAUCAGGAAGUGAGGGACAUACACUAGAGGAAGCCAAAUCUAUCAAUCUCUCUCUGAGCGCACUAGGGAAAUGCAUCAAUGCACUUGCUGAAAACAGUUCUCAUGUCCCAUUCCGUGAUUCAAAGCUAACUAGAUUGCUUAGAGAUUCAUUUGGAGGCACUGCAAGGACCUCCUUAGUAAUUACAAUUGGUCCCUCACCACGACAUCGAGGAGAGACAACAAGCACUAUAAUGUUUGGCCAGAGGGCUAUGAAAGUGGAAAAUAUGGUGAAGUUAAAGGAAGAGUUCGACUACAAAAGCUUGUCUAAAAGGCUUGAGGUGCAACUAGACAAUCUAAUUGAGGAAAAUGAAAGGCAGCAGAAAGCAUUCGUUGAUGAAAUCGAAAGAAUAACCGUGGAGGCACACAACCAAAUUUCUGAGGCUGAAAAGAGAUAUGCCAAUGCACUAGAGGAUGAAAAGCUAAGGUAUCAGAAUGAUUACAUGGAAUCAAUAAAGAAGCUAGAGGAUAACUGGUCAAAGAAUCAGAAAAAGCUUGCUGCUGAAAGGCUUGCACUUGGCGAGAAAAAUGGCUUGGACAUCACAUCGAAUGGAAAUAGAUCAAUAGCUCCAGCCUUGGAUGAAGUCUCUGAACUGAAAAAGUUGCUUCAGAAAGAAGCUCAGUCGAAGAUGGCGGCUGAAGAGGAAGUGAAUAGGCUGAAACUUCAACUCACUGAAUUUAAAAAAGUUGAAGUGUCAGGAAAUUCUGAGAUCAUGAGACUCCACAAGAUGUUGGAAAAUGAGACGCAACAAAAAGAGAAACUAGAAGGAGAUAUAGCAACUCUGCAUACUCAACUACUUCAACUGAGUCUUACUGCUGACGAGACACGACGGAACCUUGAGAGACAUGAUUCAGAGAACACUUCCGGUGUUCAUCCAGGAAGUGCUGAGAAUCCUCCUGUAGGUAGACUAUUUGAACAAGUGGGAUUGCAAAAGAUCUUGUCACUGCUAGAAGCUCAAGAUGCUGAUGUCCGGAUUCAUGCUGUCAAAGUGGUGGCAAAUCUGGCUGCCGAGGAGGCAAACCAGCAGCAAAUUGUGGAAGCUGGUGGUCUCACCUCCUUACUGAUGCUUCUGAGAAGUACAGAAGAUGAGACUAUUCACAGAGUUGCUGCUGGUGCUAUCGCCAACCUUGCAAUGAACGAAACCAACCAAGAGCUGAUCAUGGAUCAAGGAGGUAUCGGUUUAUUGUCGUCAACAGCAGCCAAUGCUGAAGAUCCUCAGACUCUCAGGAUGGUCGCUGGAGCAAUAGCAAAUCUAUGUGGAAAUGAUAAACUGCAGACAAAGCUAAGAUCAGAAGGAGGGAUUGCAGCUUUGUUGGGAAUGGUGAGGUGUGGACAUCCUGACGUUCUUGCACAAAUUGCUCGCGGGAUUGCAAACUUCGCCAAAUGCGAGUCAAGAGCAUCAAACCAAGGAACUAAAAGAGGGAAAUCACUCUUGAUAGAAGAUGGUGCGCUCUCUUGGAUUGUACAAAAUGCCAAAACUGAAACUUCAGCUAUCAGGCGACAUAUUGAAUUAGCUCUGUGCCACUUAGCACAACACGAAGGGAAUGCGAAGGAGAUGGUGAAGGAAGGAGCAAUAUGGGAGCUGGUGAGGAUCUCAAGAGACUGUUCAAGAGAAGAUAUAAGGAGUCUUGCUCACAGGACUCUCACUUCAAGUCCCACUUUCCUCACUGAACUCAGACGUCUCCGUGUUGAUGUCCGAUAUAUGAUGUCUUCUAUUGGCUUGCCACCUGAAGUGGAGUUUCAAAAUAUAUUGUCUAUGCUUGAUUCUGAAGAUGCUAAAGCACAGAUUCAUGCUAUCAAAGUGGUCGCAAAUCUGUCUGCCGAAGAUGCAAAUCAUCAGCAAAUUCUGGAGUAUGGUGGCCUAACCUUAUUGCUAAUGCUGCUGAGAAGUACCAAAGAUGAGACCAUUCACAAAUGUGCUGCUGCUGCAAUCGCCAAUCUUGCAUUGAACAUAACCAAUCAUGAAAUGAUCGUGGAUCAAGGAGGUAUCGGUUUGUUGUCAUCAGCAGCAACCAAUGCUCAAGAUCCUCAGACCCUCAGAUUGAUUGGUGGAGCAAUUGCAAAUUUAUGUGGAAAUGAAAAAUUGCUGGCAAGACUAAGAUCAGAAGGCGGGAUUGCAACUUUGUUGGGAAUGGUCAAAUGUGAGCAUCCUCAUGUUAUUGCACAAGUUGCUCGCGGAAUGUCAAACUUUUCCAAAUGCGAGUCAUGGUCAAGAGCAUCAAUCCAAGCAGGAACUAAAAAAGGGAAAUCACUUUUAGUAGAAGAGGGUGUUCUCUCUUGGAUUGUAAAACACGCCAAAAACGAAACUUUGGACAUCAGGCGACAUAUCGAAUCAGCCCUAUGCUACUUAGCACAACUCGAAGCGAAUGCGAAAGAGAUGGUGAAGGGAAGAGGAAGAGCAAUGUGGGAGCUGGUGAGAAUCUCAAGAGACUGCUCUAGAGAAAACAUAAGAAGUCUUGCUCAUAGGACUCUUACUUCAAGUCCCACUUUUCUCACUAGGCUCAGACGUCUUCAUGUUAAUAUCCGGCUGGUGACUGACAAUGCGGUUUGUUCUUCAGUGGUAAUCGGUGACAUGGAUCACAACUUCGUCGAUAACAGUGGAAUGAGAAAUGCUCUCAAAUUGGUAGCAUCUUGCUCUGCCCAAGAGGCAAAUCUUAAGAGAAUCAUGGAAAGAAAAAGCUUCACCAUGGUGUUACUAUUUCUAAGAAAUAGUAAAGAUGAGACGGUUCAGAGAGAUGCUGCUUUUCUAAUCGCCAACUUUUCCCUAAGCAAAACGUACCAAGAGAUAAUCAUGGAUAAAGGGUGCAUUAGUUUGCUGUGGUCGGCAGCAGCUACUGCUCAAGAUCCUCAAACCAUAACGAUGUUUGCCAAAGCCAUUGCCAACUUAUGUGGAAAUGAAGAAUUGCACAUGAAGCUAAGGUCUAAAGGCGGGAUUGCAGCCUUGUUGGAAAUGGCUGGCCGGAGUGGACAUUUAGACGUUUUUGCAGAAGUUGCUCGUGGAUUUGCAAACUUCGCCAGCUCCGAGUCAACCAUAUCAACCCAAGGAGUUAAUAGAGGGAAAUCGACCUUAUUAGAAGAUGGAGCGCUCUCUUGGAUCAUAGAGAAGGCCAAGACUGAAGAAGCCUUGACCAUUAGGUUGCAUAUCGAAAUAGCCCUUUGCCGCUUGGCGCAACACGAAGCAAACGCUGAAGAGAUGGUGAAGGAAGGAGCAAUGUGGGAGCUUGUGAGGAUUUCCAGAGAUUCUUCAAGAGAAGACUUGAGAGUUCUUGCUCAUCAAAUUCUUACCUCAAGUCCCAUUUUUCUAACCGAACUUAAACGUGUUUGUGUUGAACUCCGGAAUAUUGAUGGAGCUUCGAUAGAUCGUGAAAACAAUCUGGAAAUGUCGAGAUUCGAAAAUGAUUUACUACAACACAUCAACACCAUAUAUGAAGUGAUUCUAGAAGCUGAAAAGGAAAAUGUUAUUAAGGCAACGUACUACAAAGGAAAAGAACAACUCGCAGGUUUAUUUACUACAUUGAUAGAAACGACGUGGGCCGAAGAACUAAAGAGCAAGCUCGGAGUGACAUCAAAAUGGAUAAAAAAAGAGUGA